CCACGUACGCAGAGAGAUAACCAAAUCAUCAGCCGUACUUUGUAUUCCAUUUAAUGUACUGAUAACGUUGCUUUGCCAAUUUUCUAAUUAAUUGUAAUUAAAACUUGAAAGCUGAUUCGCGUAUGUCAUUUGGAAAAUGCUUGUAAUCGUGGAAAUUUGAUUUUGUCAACCUCGGCAACUUGAUAAUGAUUUGAGACAUUACGUCAAAGAAAAGUACAGUAUAAACCUCAGUAUGUGCGGCAAAGAACUUAUUGGUAAAAUCAAAGCCCUGAUUUUAGUCGGCGGAUAUGGAACCAGAUUAAGGCCUUUGACACUUAGCAGACCUAAGCCACUUGUCGAAUUCGCCAACAAAUCGAUGCUCAUACAUCAGCUAGAAGCAUUAAUAGAAGCCGGCGUCACGGAAGUAGUAUUGGCUGUAUCUUACCAAGCUCAAGAGAUGGAAAAGGAUUUAAAAGAAGAAGCACAAAAAUUAGGAGUUAGUUUAAUAUUCUCGCACGAAUCGGAACCACUGGGUACAGCUGGUCCUCUGGCUUUGGCUAGCAAAACCUUAUCUGAAAAUGACGAACCGUUUUUCGUUCUGAAUUCAGACAUCAUUUGUGAUUUUCCUUUCAAAGAAAUGGUCGCUUUUCAUAAAAAGCACGGAAAAGAAGGCACUAUUUGCGUUACGAAGGUAGAAGAACCCUCCAAAUAUGGUGUCGUGCUGUACGAUGAAAAUGGCUGCAUUAAAAAUUUCAUUGAAAAGCCUCAAGAAUUUGUUUCGAAUAAAAUUAACGCCGGAAUGUAUAUUUUCAAUAGUAGCAUUUUAAAAAGAAUCAAAUUAGAACCCACCAGCAUAGAGAAGGAAAUUUUUCCCGAAAUGGCGAAAGAAAGUCAGUUAUAUGCUCUGGAAUUGAAAGGCUUCUGGAUGGAUGUCGGACAACCUCGAGAUUUUUUAACCGGUAUGUGUUUGUAUUUAUCUUCAUUGCGUCAAAAGAAAUCCGAUAAACUAUCAGACCGAGAAGCUGUUGUUGGCAAUGUAUUGAUCGAUCCAUCAGCGAAAAUAGGCCAAGAUUGCAAAAUUGGCCCUAAUGUGACCAUCGGUCCGAAUGUCGUCAUCGAAGAUGGAGUUUGCAUUCGACGUAGCACCAUAUUAUCGGGAGCUGUCAUAAGAUCACAUUCUUGGCUGGAUAGUUGUAUCAUUGGAUGGCGAUGUGUUAUUGGAAGAUGGGUUCGACUUGAAAACAAUACCGUCUUAGGGGAAGACGUCAUUGUAAAAGAUGAAAUUUAUAUUAAUGGUGGGCAAGUACUACCUCAUAAAUCGAUCGCCUCUUCCGUUCCGGACCCUCAGAUUAUUAUGUAAUGAGACGACGUAUUCUUUGUUGGACCUUCAUCGAGAUCAUUGAUCUCGCAUAUUUAUUCUGAAUGACUGCGACAAAUCAUUAGCGAAACGAAAAAGUAGAACUUGAAAAGUUUAACUUUUUACAAAAUAUUACAUUAUGUCUAAUUUUUCUGAAACGAAAGGAAGAAUUCGUUUCAAGUUCAGAAUAAUUUUAAAAAAUCAUUAUAACACCAGAAGUAUUUAAUUAAGGACCAACAAAGUGAUUGCAAAGAUUUAUUCUAUUUUGAUGUGAACCUAAGAUCAAUAAUUGAACGAAAACUGCGACGUUAUUUUUGUUAUUUAGCCAAUUUAUUUGUUAUUUAUUUAAGUUUUCUAAAUGAGAAAAAUUUGUACCUACCUACUUCUAUUUUCAACUUUCAAACAAAAUAUAUUAUUAUGUAUUUCAAACUAGUAGGUAUAUUUUACGCAUCAAUAAUGUAAUUAAAUAUUUUUAAAUUUUCUAAUUGAAAUUUUUAUAAAUAAACUUAUUAUUACGUUUU